UGAGGUUUGAUUUUACUCCUCCCAUUUCCACCACUUGGUCACUCGCUUCACCUCCUUUGCUGCAGAGAAGAGAGCGACUUGUGGGAAUGGGCUGGCGCUCUUAAUUGUAGAGCCAUCAGUCUGCAAAACCUCUUUCAUGCUGCAGAGAGGAGCGCAGCUCUUCUGCCUCAGCCCGCUAAAGCUGCAGCUGCUUGAAUACGCCACGGGGAGGAGAAUGGCUGGGAAGUCCACCCUAGCAGAGGAAACUAAAGGGAGCAUCUUACAGCAAGCUUCCUCCUUCGCCAAAGGCUGGGGAAGCUCAGCUUUAGACACCGAUUCACUUUAGGAACGGGAGAAAGCAGGACAGGCGCUGUGUGUAGGCUGAGUGUGGGAAGGUGGCGAAUUGGUGCAGACAGAUCGGAGGUUUGGGGGAAUUUUUUCCUUUGCUUUCUUGGAGGAUGUGAAUGACUUCUCUGCAGACAGAUCACGGGGGAUCCUUUUGAGAAUUUGGGGUUAUGAACCCAACCCACUUAUUUUGAAAGGUCAGUUAUAUCGGGGAAAAAAAUGAAAGUGCAGUUGGACCGGGGUGGAGCAGACAAGAAAAACCUUUUGCAAGCGUUCAAGAGGCAAGGAAGAAAAGAAAUCUUAAGACUUUUAUAAUCUUCCCUUUUCUUCACGUUCAGUUGCCCUAAUUCAGCUGCUUAAUAUUUUUGAGUUUCUGUUCGUCUCGUAUUUUGUGAACCUAUUCCUAGAAAAUCUUUUUUGUGUGUGUGUGUACCUAUCCAUAGAUAUUGCUGAUUAAACUGCUCCAAAACAAGUACUUUAAAUCGACGAUUCCGACAAAUGCUUGGAUUAUGGAGAAAACCAGAUAACGAUAUCUAGACCUUUUUGGCGUCACAAACUCUAGCAUCUUCUGCGGAGCUAUGUGUGUGAGUUGACAGCUUCAUACAGAGGCUUGAAUGCAGCACAGAUAUAUGACAAGGAUGCGGGUGCUGAGCUAUGGCAAAGGACAGAGGAUUGACCGGCAAUACCCAAGGAAAACGCUGAAAAUCACCUGGAACCACUUUGCUGUUAUUGUACCCAAGGAGAGAAAGUGCUAUUACGAUCCUCUUUCCCCCCUAGAGGCACCAGAGUCCCCGUAAUCACUGAGCCAGGUGGGAAGAAGAAAUGCGUUUUCAGAGCAUUCUGACUUUCAACUGCAUCUUAAGGAUCAGCUUUGGAAAUGCUGUCAUUCUGUAUAUCUUCUGCCAGACAUAGUUCUGAAAAAUUCUUCACACCAGUGAGGAACUCUUCAGGGUCCAGAAGAUUCUAAACUUGAUCUACAAUGGAAAAACUGCUUUUUUCCCUGUUGUUCAUUGGCAUAGUCGUGAGAGCACAGAUCUGUCCAAAGCGUUGCGUGUGUCAGAUUUUGUCUCCUAAUCUUGCAACUCUGUGUGCCAAGAAAGGCCUCUUAUUUGUUCCACCAAACAUUGACAGAAGAACUGUGGAACUCCGACUGGCAGACAAUUUUGUUACAAAUAUUAAAAGGAAAGAUUUUGCCAAUAUGACAAGCUUGGUGGACUUGACCUUAUCCCGGAACACAAUAAGUUUUAUUACACCCCAUGCUUUUGCUGAUUUACGCAACUUGCGAGCUUUACAUUUGAAUAGUAACAGACUGACCAAGAUCACAAAUGAUAUGUUCAGUGGGCUUUCCAAUCUCCAUCACCUGAUUCUAAACAAUAAUCAGCUGACUUUAAUUUCUUCUACAGCAUUUGAUGAUGUUUUAGCCCUCGAGGAGCUUGAUUUGUCCUACAACAAUCUCGAAAAUAUACCUUGGGAAGCUGUUGAAAAAAUGGUUAGUUUGCAUACACUUAGUCUGGAUCACAAUAUGAUUGACUACAUACCUAAAGGGACUUUCUCUCACUUGCACAAGAUGACUAGAUUAGAUGUAACAUCAAAUAAGUUGCAGAAGCUACCACCUGACCCUCUCUUUCAGCGAGCUCAGGUACUAGCAACCUCAGGAAUCAUCAGCCCAUCCACUUUUGCAUUAAGUUUUGGUGGAAACCCUUUGCACUGCAAUUGUGAAUUAUUGUGGCUGAGACGCCUUUCAAGAGAAGAUGACUUAGAGACUUGUGCUUCUCCUACACUUUUGUCUGGUCGGUACUUUUGGUCAAUUCCAGAGGAAGAGUUUUUGUGCGAACCUCCACUCAUUACUCGGCAUACACAUGAAAUGAGAGUAUUAGAAGGUCAAAGAGCCACAUUAAGGUGCAAAGCUAGGGGAGACCCAGAGCCUGCAAUUCACUGGAUUUCUCCAGAAGGAAAGCUUAUUUCAAAUGCAACAAGAUCUCUUGUCUAUGAUAAUGGAACACUUGAUAUACUUAUCACAACAGUAAAGGAUACAGGUUCUUUUACCUGCAUUGCAUCUAAUCCUGCAGGGGAGGCAACACAGACAGUGGAUCUUCAUAUAAUCAAACUCCCUCAUUUGUUAAAUAGUACAAAUCAUAUUCAUGAGCCUGAUCCUGGGUCGUCAGAUAUUUCGACUUCUACUAAGUCAGGUUCUAAUACAAGUAGUAGUAAUGGGGAUACUAAAAUGAGUCAAGAUAAAAAAGUUGUAGUAGCAGAAGCAACAUCCUCUACUGCACUACUUAAAUUCAAUUUUCAAAGAAAUAUACCUGGAAUACGUAUGUUCCAAAUUCAGUACAAUGGUACUUAUGAUGAUUCACUUGUUUACAGAAUGAUACCUCCUACGAGCAAAACAUUUCUUGUCAAUAACCUGGCCGCUGGAACUGUAUAUGACUUAUGUGUCUUGGCAAUUUAUGAUGAUGGCAUCACUUCCCUCACUGCCACAAGAGUCGUGGGUUGCAUCCAAUUUACCACAGAACAGGAUUAUGUACGUUGCCAUUUUAUGCAGUCUCAAUUUUUAGGAGGCACCAUGAUUAUUAUAAUUGGUGGCAUCAUUGUAGCUUCUGUGCUGGUUUUUAUCAUCAUUUUAAUGAUCCGCUAUAAAGUUUGCAAUAACAAUGGGCAGCACAAGGUUACCAAGGUCAAUAAUGUUUAUUCUCAAACUAAUGGAGCCCAAAUACAAGGCUGCAGCGGAACAAUGCCUCAGUCAAUUUCCAAACAAGCUGUAGGACAUGAUGAGAACAUUCAGUGCUACAAAGGUCCCAGUGAAAAUGUGACUCAAUCUUCAGACACUUGUUCAAGUCAGGACUCUUCCACCACUACCUCUGCUUUGCCACAUACCCGGACUUCAAGCACUUCUGCAUCCCAAAAGCAGAAACGAAAGAUGGGGCCAAAGCCAAGUAAUGAUUCACAGAAUGAAGCUCUUUCAAGUGUCGAGUCCCAAAAUGCUAACAGGAAUAACUCAACUGCAUUGCAGUUAGUUAGCCGCCAUCCUGAUUCUAUCAAAGACGUUCCCACAUCUAAAAGAGCACAGUCAAAGACAAGUAAGUUUCUCACUGUGCCUGCUGAAAGAUCCAGAGCAAGGCGCAGGUACUCUCUGAAUGGAAAAUUAAUGGAAUACCAUUGUUAUGUUAAGUCAGAGAACACAGGUGUAUUGUGGUUUAAAAGAAGCAUGUCUAUGAAUGGGAUGGUAAUUCAGGCAGGCAUUUCUGACCUGGAUAGUGGAAAAGCAACUUUUUCAAGAUCUGAGUGGAUUUUAGAAAGCACUGUGUGACCUGCUUUUUAAAUUUUUUUAAUAUCAUUCUUUGGGAAUAUUUUCAUGGAAAUUGGAAUUUGGAAUUCCAGUCUUGUCUUGCUGAUUUAUGGCUUAUACAUUCAAGUUUGUAUAAAAAGCUGCCUAGGAUCUGGUGUGUAUAUGUACAUGGAGAAUUAGGCACACGUACACACAAUGCAGAUAGCAACUAAUGAGAGUGUUUAAAAAUAAAGUUUAUCAUUGGAAGGGGAAUGAAGUAGCAUCAAUGCUUUCCCCUACUGUAGGACUGGCUUCCUGGCUCUAUGCUAACAGACAACAAAAAAGAAAGUUUUUGCAAGGAAAAAAAUAACCUUUCAUAAAGGAAAUUAUAUUUCCUCCAAACUAACAAAGACCACUUAUGGGAAAAAUUGAUAUUUUUAAAUGACAAGACUGUAUAUUUACUUCUGGUGACAGUAAUGUUGCCUUCCUUUGAGGCAAAAGCUAUACAGAACGACUCUGUGCUGGCAUAUUGUGUAAAAUAAAAUAUUUAAUAAGUAUACACAAUUGGUGUUAAAGUAAGUACCCUCUUAAACAUCAUUCUUGCUGCAGGUACCUUAGUGUAUCUGUGGCAUGUAUCAUUAGGAACUUCAAUCAGUAAUGUUCAACGGUUAAAAAAGAAUUCAGCUCAUUUUGUACCUAUCACCAACAAGAGUCUAGGAUGUGGGAAUGAAUAAAAGACACCAAUUUCUAAAUGCAUGCAUUUGGACAUGUAUGGGUUCUGUGUAAAUGUAAUAAAGGUUAAAGGGAGAGUCAAGAAGCCUUCCUUUUUCAAAGUAACAUUUUAAUCAAUGUCUAAGAACGGUAGAAAAAAAACCAAUUUGUUACAUAUGUAGGAGAUUUAAAGCCAUUCCUUAUUAACAGAAUCAUUUGUUUUCCCCCUCUAAAAUCAAUAAUGCAAUAAUAUUGCCACUAUUUUAAGAAUUUUAUUAUUAUUUUAUCCAAUAACUGUGAUGGCAUUUAUUAGGAAUCAUUCUAUUUAGCAACACUAUAGCAACAAAAUCUGGGUUAAAUUUGAUCAGACCCUGCCACCAUCAUUCAGGUAAUUUGACAUUACCCAAAAAAAGGAUGCUUCUAGAGUUUGCAUAUUGAAAAAUCUGCUACAUCAAACAUAAAGGUAUUGAUUAUGUAACAGAGUCAGCUUAAAGACAUGUUGUAGGAGGCUACUGGUUCUUGUGUGUAAGCUUUCACAAUUAGCUGAUAAGUAAAGUAAAAAUCAUGGCCAGAGUAAGUGAAAUUGAUUUUUACAAUAUGUAAACUACUCUGUAGCAGUAAAUUAGACAGUUGGUAAAGCUUCUUAUUCAAAUCACUGAAGUAUUUUGUUUUGAGACACAGCUAUGUCACUUCUAUAUCUUGCUUAAUUAAAUUUUAAAAAAAUUACAUAAAGCAAAUAAAGUAAAUUCUAGGGCAUGUGAUUAACAGACCAUCCUAUUUGCAUAUAGUUUGCCAUGUAUAAGUAACUUAAAAUAUGUUACGUUAAGACUUUCAGAAACAAGUAUAGAUAAAAUUUGUCAAUGGGUGAAGUUUCCUCUGAAUUCCUCUCACCUUCUUGUUUUACACCCCUACCAAAUCCCAAUUCCUCCCUAUUCUUCUAUCCACAUGAAUUCAGGUGCCUAUUUUAUGUUCCAUUAUUGAAGGACCUUGGUCAGUCAUCAACUAAUAAUUCUGAAGGCCCUGAAUCUUAGUAGGCACUAUUGACUAAAAAGUCAUUAAGACCUAAAGAAAUAAAUCAGUGAGUAUGCAAUAGCUAACAUUCUGUGCAGUUGAAGUCUUUUUGAGAAAGAAGCACUGGGGGCAGCUGGGUGGCACAGUAGAUAGAGCUCCAGCCUCAGAGUUAGGGGGACCUGAGUUCAAAU